CGAUUUCUCGCCACUGAUCCAUCAAGUUUUCAAUAUUUACAGAUUGAUUGAUUCCUCUUCUUUUGUCAUUCGAUAAAUCCAGCUUUACAAGAGUUUUGAUCGCUGAAAUAUGGUGAAAGACACAGAAUAUUACGACAUCUUGGGAGUCAGUACUGAUGCAUCUGCAUCCGAUAUUAAAAAGGCCUACUAUGUCAAAGCAAGGAAAGUUCACCCUGAUAAAAAUCCUGGGGACCCGAAAGCUGCCCAAAAUUUUCAGGUGCUUGGAGAGGCGUAUCAGGUUCUAAGUGAUCCUGAAAAGCGUGAAGCAUAUGAUAAAAAUGGAAAAGCAGGAGUACCAGAUGAUUCAAUGGUGGAUCCUGCAGCUGUUUUUGGCAUGCUAUUUGGUAGUGAUUUAUUUGAGGAUUAUAUUGGGCAACUUUACAUGGCUGCUAUACAGUCAGUAGAACUUGAAGAGGAAGGACAGGUGCCUGAAAUCCGCAAAAUGAAAGUCCAAGAAAGGAUGAGGGAAUUUCAAAAGGAGAGGGAAACCAAACUCAUAACAAUUCUCAAGAAUCGCCUUCGGCCAUUUGUUGAAGGACAAACAACAGAAUUUGUUAAUUGGGCAACAAAAGAAGCUCAUCAGCUCUCAAAAGCUGCUUUUGGUGAGGCUAUGUUACAUACAAUUGGCUACAUAUACACAAGACAAGCUGCAAGAGAACUUGGAAAAGAUAAACGUUAUAUGAAGGUCCCAUUUAUAGCUGAAUGGGUGAGAGACAAAGGACACCAAAUGAAAUCACAAGUUUCAGCCGCUUCAGGUGCUGUGUCUUUGAUACAAAUACAAGAAGACCUUAAGAAAUUGAACACUUCAGAAGGAAAAGAACAACAGAUAAUGAAAGCUUUUGAAGAGAAAAAAGAUCAAAUGGUUAAUUCCUUGUGGCAGAUCAAUGUUGUUGAUAUUGAAACAACAUUAUCCCGUGUCUGCCAAGCGGUGUUGAAAGACCCAACGGUUUCGAAAGAUGAGGUGAAGCGACGUGCAAUUGGAAUGAAGAAGCUUGGAACAAUAUUGCAAGCUAAAUAAAAAUGGAAGCAAUCAAGAUAGAGACAUAUAAAAUGGCAUUAAUACAAGUAAACAAUUUCAAUUUGUCUUGUGACUUGUCAGGGAGCCAAGACAAAUUAUCGCAGGGAUAAUAGUUUGAGACAGGAAGGCGUCCAAGUCCAACCACAGUCUGCUUCUUCAUCCAAGUAGCAUGCAAUGCUCGUGCUUCCAUGUCAUCAUCACGUAUUCAAUAUUUUUAUGUCAAUUAUUGUAGUGAAAUACUGUAUAAAUUUGCAUCAUAAUUCAAGUUUGUAAUACUUUCCGGAUGUAUUUUAUAAGAUGAACGUUCAGAAGGAUUUUAUUAUAAGUUUCUAA